UUGGUCGGAGCCUGGCUGUCCACCGACCUUACUCUUCAGGAAUACUGAGAGACUGGCACUCUGUUCUGUUGAUUCGAGCCCGGAGGCCGUGCCUCCCACCUAUGGCCACAGAAGCGCGGUUGGCUUCCUUCUGGGGGCUACUGUCAUUCAAGGAUGUGUCUGUGGAGCUAUCAAGUGAAGAGUGGCAGCUACUGGACCCUGCACAGCAGCAGAUGUAUAGAGAAGUGACUCUGGAGAACUACAGCAACCUGCUCUCCGUGGGGUAUCUUGAUACCAAACCUGAGUUAAUCUUCAAGUUGGAGCAAGGAAAAGAACCGUGGGUAAUAAAUGCCAAAAUGUCCACCCAGAGCUGUCCAGAAGGCUGGAAAAAAUGGUACCAGAAAAGUCAAGAUGAAAAUGUUCAGAGAAACUAUACUUGUAAUGGGUUUGGAAAACUUUUUACGAACAGAACCCAUGUUUCUUCAAGGCAGAGACUCCAUAAGUAUAACACACGUGGAGCAAAUGUGAUACAAAACUUGAGUUCAAGCAGAAUUUCUGUAAAGAAUCCUGAUCAAUUUCAUAGUUACAAGGAAUCAUAUUUUUUUAAGCAUCAAAAAUGUUGUAGCUUAGAAAAAAACUGUAUCUGUAAUGAAUGUGGAAAAGCUUUUCGUUGUAAAUCACAGCUUGUUGUACAUUUCAGAAUUCAUACAGGGGAGAGACCGUACAAAUGCACAUACUGUGAAAGAGCCUUCAGUGCCAAGUCAAACCUUAAUGCUCAUCAGAGAGUUCACACAGGAGAAAAGCCCUACUUCUGUAAUGAAUGUGGAAAAGUUUUUUCUUUUAGGUCACAGCUCAUUGUCCACCAAGAAGUUCACACAGGAGAGAAGCCCUAUUGUUGCAAUGAAUGUGGGAAAGCCUACAGUUGGAAAUCUCAGCUUAUUUUACACCAGAGAAGUCACACAGGAGUAAAACCUUAUGAAUGCAAUGAAUGUGGGAAAGCAUUUAGUUUGAAGUCCCCAUUUAUUGUUCAUCAGAGAACUCACACAGAAGUGAAACCUCAUAAAUGCAAUGAAUGUGGGAAGGCAUUCAGGAGUAAGUUCUACCUCCUUGUUCAUACCAGAAUGCACACAGGGGAGAAACCUUAUCAAUGCAUUGAUUGUGGGAAAACCUUCAAUGCAAAAACACAACUCAUUGUACACCAGGGAGUUCACACUGGAAAAAAUCCUUAUGAGUGCACUCAGUGUGGCAAAGCCUUUGGUCGGAAGGAGCAGCUCACUGCUCAUUUGCGAGCUCAUGCAGGAGAGAAACCCUAUGGUUGUAAUGAGUGUGGAAGGUCUUUCAGCAGCAAGUCAUAUCUUGUUAUACACAGGAGAACACACACAGGAGAGAAACCCUAUGAAUGUAGCUUAUGUGAGCGAGCCUUCUAUGGAAAAUCACAGUUAAUUAUACACCAGAGAACUCAUUCAACAGAGAAGCCAUAUGAAUGCAAUGAGUGUGAAAAAGCUUAUUCCAGGAAGGCAUCCCUUCAGAUACACCAGAAAAUUCAUUCUGGAGAGAAACCAUUUAAGUGUAGUGAAUGUGAGAAAGCUUUCACUCUGAAGUCCUCUCUCAGUGAACAUCAGAGAGUUCAUACACGAGAGAAACCCUGGAAAUGCUCUGAAUGUGGGAAAUCCUUUUGUUGGAAUUCAGGGCUUCGUAUACAUCGGAAAACUCACAAGGCAGACAUCCAAGUGAUGAAGUGAAUGUUAGAUUCUUUCACAGGGGCUGGUGUACCAGAGACCUUAGAUGAUAAUUCAGACAUAGUAUAUUUGAGAACAGUCAUUGAAUGAGGCUGCAAAAGCUUUCACAAGUUAGGUACAUAGAUCUUGGCUGAGAAGAGAAGAAUUAGAGGAAUGAGGAAUAAUAAACAUACCAAGUGUGAUCGGUCCUGUCAUAGAGAUUUGUACUCCCUGUAAGUUUAAUAAAUCAAGGGAGGCUGGGCGUGGUACCUAUCUUUUACUCUAGCACUCUGGAGGCAGAGGUAGGUGGAUCGUGAGUUUGAGACUCACCUGGUGUACAUAGUGAAUUCUAGGAUAGCCAGGGCUAUGAUAGACCCCGUCUCAAAAAGCCAAAAAUAAGUAAGUAAGUAAGUAAGUAAAUAAAUAAAUAAAUAAAUAAAUAAAUAAAUAAGGGGAUCGUUUCCCCACAGGAAGUGUUACAUGGAAAGUUGCAUUCCAGAUUUUAAGCUUUUUUUAAAAAUAUAAAAUAAAGGCCUCAUUAAUAAUAAAAUUUUGCAUAGUAGAGUACAAAGUUCUAGGAUUUUAUUUUAUUUUAUUUUUUGGCUUGGGGGAAGAGGCAGGGUCUCAUGUAGCUUAGGCUGGCCUCAAAGUGGAUAAGUACUUGAAUUCUCAAUCUUAUAUUAUUACAAAUGAAAAGGGGAUUAACAUAUUUAAUCUUGAAGAAAUAAUUAUUAAACUUGAAAAGCUGAGAAAUAUGUAAUAGAAAAGUUAAGUGGAAGCGCUUUAGAUAAAUGUAGAAAUACAAUCAUACUGAUAGGAAUAGUGGAGUAAACAAGGAAGAAGAAGAGCAAAAGCAUUCAUGUAAAGUUUAAAAAUUACCAAAUGAUGUAGUUUCUAUGACACAUUCAGAAUGCUCAAUGAUCUGGGGAUGGUGACAUAUACCUCUUGAAAACUUGGGACAUGGAGCAUUGAGAAUCUCAAGUUUGAAGCCAGCCUGAGUGACAGCCAGUUCAAGUCAGUAGAAGCUGCAUAAUCAGACCCUGUCUCAAAAAGCAAAACUAAACUAGCGAAUCCGGGGCUGGGAAGGUGGCUCAGUAGGUAAAGGCACUCUCCUUUAAACAUCGUGACCCGAGUUUAAUCUCUAAAACCCACAUGGUAAGAGAGAACCAACUUCUGAAAGUUGUCUUCUGACCUCCACAUGUGUGCUGUGGCAUGCACAAUGCCCUCCCCCUCUUGAAUAAAUGUAAAAAGUUUCUAAAUUACUUAGUGAACUCUAUAUUACAUUAGUGAAGGAGUAUAUUAAUUUACUGGCCAAUUAAAAAUGCUGAAAUCUAUAAGCAAAAGAGAAGUGGCUCGGUGGUUUGUCCCACAUGGAACAGUGUUGAUUAUCAGCAUCAUAAGAAAAUAAAAUGGUGAUUGGAAUUAGUAUAAAUUGAAGUAGAUGCUACUAAGUUUCUAGAGGAAACAAUAAGUCAGGUAUGCAGGCUUGGGAAAUGACUAUGUAGAGUUCUUGCUGUGCAAGCAUGAAGGCUUGACUUCGGAUCCCCAACAUGUGUAAAAGUCUAUGCCUUUAACCUCAGUACUGAGGGUGGGUGCUGAGGAUAGUUGUACACUCACACCCCUUUACACAAAAUAAGUAAAUAAUAAUAAAAAAAAACCCAAAUACAGUAGAAGUAAAAUAAUUAAAAAGAAUAUAUCAUACAAACUACAACCAUAGAGAAACUAGAAAAGCUAUCCUAAUGUCAGAUGAAAUAAACUAUUUUUAAAGUUACUUAUUGUGUGUGUAUUUGUGUGCAUGAAUAUGAGUCCACAUGUAGAGAUGGAUUGAAGGAAUAAAGUUAAGGUUUUCAGACUUGCA